GUGGACCUACUCAGCCAACCUUUGACACCUUAAGUGGGAAUAAAGGGUAGCAUUUCUGAGGAAAUGAAAAUGAACAAAUCAUCUCUGCUUUUCAAAAGAGAGACCCUGUUGAAUGUACAUAUGUGAAGACUGCGUCAUCCUGCCUCUAGCAGUUUGUGUAUUCUCUGAUCAAUGUGAUUCACAGGAAGUUCUUAAGUACCAAACGAAAUGAGCCCGAGUCAUGGAAAAUAUGACUUUUAUAUCGGUCUGGGAUUGGCUAUGACCUCCAGCAUUUUCAUUGGAGGGAGUUUCAUUUUGAAAAAGAAAGGCCUUUUGCGACUUGCCAGAAAAGGUUCCAUGAGAGCAGGUCAAGGUGGACAUGCAUAUCUUAAAGAGUGGUUGUGGUGGGCUGCUACUGUCAAUGAGGUGGCCAACUUCGCUGCGUAUGCAUUUGCACCAGCCACACUGGUGACUCUGCUGGGAGCCCUCAGCGUCCUCGUAAGUGCCAUUCUUUCUUCAUAUUUUCUAAAUGAAAGACUUCAUCUUCAUGGGAAAAUUGGGUGUUUGCUAAGCAUUUUGGGGUCUACAGUAAUGGUCAUCCAUGCUCCAAAAGAAGAAGAGAUCGAGACCUUGAAUAAAAUGUCACAUAGGUUGGGUGAUCCAGGUUUUUUGGUCUUUGCAACUCUCGUGGUCAUUGUGUCCUUGAUACUAAUCGUGGUGGGACCUCGCCAUGGACAGACAAACAUGCUUGAGUACAUCACAAUCUGCUCUGUGAUUGGACCGUUUUCCGUCUCCUGUGGGAAGGGCCUGGGCAUCGCCAUCAAGGAGCUGCUGGCUUCGAAGCCAGUGCUGCAGCAUCCCCUGGCCUGGAUCUUGCUGCUGAGCCUCGUGGUCUGUGUGAGCACACAGAUCAAUUAUUUAAACCGAGCCCUGGACAUUUUCAACACGUCCAUCGUGACGCCCAUCUACUACUACAUGUUCUUUAUUACUUCGGUUCUAACGUGCUCAGCCAUCCUUUUUAAAGAGUGGCAGCACAUGCCUGCUGAUGUCAUUGGGACCCUGAGUGGCUUCCUCACCAUCAUUGCGGGGAUACUCUUGUUGCAUGCCUUUAAGGAUGUCAGCUUUAGUCUUGCAAGUCUGUCCGUGCCUUUUCGAAAAGAUGAAAAAGCAGUGAAUGUCAAUCUCUCUAAUAUGUAUGAAGUUCUUAAUAAUAAUGAAGAAAGCUUACCCUGUGGAGUUGAACAACACACAGCUGAAAAUAUUUCCCAGAGAAAUGGAAAUCUCUCAGCUUUUUAAGAAAGAUACAACUAAAAGGCUAAUCUAGAAUUUGGUUAUAAAGUGAUUUUGAGUAUGAGAAUGUGUCUGAAAAAGCAUUGUCUUCAGUGCUUCUCUAAAGACAAUCUUUUUAAAAAGCUUCAUUCAUUUGGACCAAGAAAUUACUUUUCUUACAUUUAAACGAUGGUAGUUUAAAUGAGGUCACUUAAA